ACGAGACCUAUGUCCGUCAAUAUGGUAAAACCGCUGAGACCUUCCUGUCAGUCGACGCUGCCGACACCCACGCCGACGGUCUGAAGAACGAAGGGAUUGUCAAAGGACUUCUGGGCCCUUCACCUUCCUUGUCGAGAUGGAACCGUCGUUUCACUUGUCACCCAAGGCCAAACCUGAAUGAUAGGCAUCUAACUUACGUUAAUUGUAUUCCUUCAACUCGAUUACCAAGACGAGAUGCCGAAGGAAUAGUCUCAUAUGACUAUCGAUGGUAUCAGAUAGUGGUGGUUGACUGGAUAAAUAGCUGCCCUGUCUCGAAGAAUGUAUCUGAAGAAGAGUUUAGAAGGCACUGGGAGAAAGUUCAUGGCCCUAAUCUCGUGCCGUUAAUGAAAAAAUAUGGAGUCAUGUACUAUUCGCAGACCUAUCCAACUCAUAAAAACAGGGGUGUAAUCAGUAAGGCCAUAUUCAGCGACGAUGAUCACACCCUCGACUGUGAUGGAGUCGCGACCGUCGUAUUCCCCUCUGCUGAAGCGGCCCACGGUUUCGCAAACGACCCAGCUCACGAAAAGGUUCUUAAAGAAGGGCACAAAUUCUUUGUUCAAGAGAACUUGACUCGUAUGACCGCGGGCGACGAGGUUGUGUUCGUGAAUGAUAUGACGACCAAAUAA